AUGAGCAUCACUUUUAAUAAUUUAUGGCUACUUUUGACAGUGUUAUGCACUUCAGGUAUUCGUGCUCAUCAUGUCUGGAAUGAUUGCUUUGCUGAUGGAAACCAUCCACCUGUAGAUGAGAUUCCCGUCUUGUGUCGUGUGGCGGAACAACUUCGAGGUUUACCGGAUACAAUAAGUUCUGCUGUGGAAACUGCCGCUGCUGCUUCGAGUAAAGCAUUUGAAGCAAAGGUACAAGCAGAGGAAGCUGUGGAACUUGCCGAGUCGAAAGGCCUAAACGUUACGAAAGCGAAGGAAGCUGCUGUGAGAGCAACACUCGCUGCUGAAGCUGCGGCUACGGCUGCAAGUAAUGUGGAAAUUAACGCUGCAAAUAUUGCUGCGGUGCCGUGGUCACAACGAAGACAGGAUGUGGGGUUACAGGAACUUGCACUAUGCGACAAUGUGGACAAGGAUGUACGAGAGGCGGCAGCAAAGUGUACAAAGAAAGCGGACAACGUGACAGCCCAAUCGCUCAGUGCGGCACUAGAAGCGUUGGAGAAUUUAUACACUGAUGUGAAUACCCGGGAGACCUUGCGGCGGGAAGAUGUUGAGUUUCACACGGAGCUGAAAUCGUUAGAGGAACAUGUGGAGGAGGCUGUCCGUGCACAAAAACAAGCUGAGGAUGCAGCUGCAGAUGCAAUUAAAAUAGCCGGUACAAAUACGGGACCAGUUGUGAAUUCCGUUGCAUCACCUGAAGGGUCGGUGCUGCUACUGAUGGCUGGAUUGUUUCUCGGUUCUGUACUGUAA